UCCGGGCCGCCGGGGACCGGGUCGGGGCCAUGUCGGCGCCGCAGCCGCUGCAGAUCCGCGAGGCGAACGCACACCUGGCGGCUGUGCACCGCCGCGCCGCGGAGUUGGAGGCGCGGCUGGACGCGGCGGAGCGCACAGUGCACGCCCAGGCCGAGCGCCUGGCCCGCCACGACCAGCAGCUGCGCGCUGCCCUGGACGAGCUGGGCCGCGCCAAGGAUUGUGAGCUUGCCGCUCUCCAGGAGCAGCUGCUGACCUCCGAGGCCACUGUCCGCAGCCUGCAGGCUGCUGUGCGUCAGAGGGAUGAGCUCAUUGGGCAGCUGCAGCCCCGGGCGGAGCUGCUGCAGGACAUCUGCCGUCGCCGGCCACCCCUGGCCGGGCUGCUGGCUGCCCUGGCGGAGGCUGAACGCCUGGGGCCCCUGCCAACCAGAGACCCCAGCCACCCACUCCCUGGUGGGCCCAGUCCACGCCUUGCCAACAGUACUGGGGCAGAGGAGGACAGGGACCACCUCCAGCCUGCAGUGUUUGGGACCACUGUGUGAGCCCUGGGGCACAGAUAGCACAAUGGAGACAGAGUUCCACUGCUGUGGGUGUCCUCAGGGGUCACCAGUGUCCCAGAGGGGACCCCGUGGCAGAGCCAUAAUCCUUUCCAAGCAUCAAACCUGCUAAAAAGUCAUAGGUUUCAAACAGGCAGCCCAAGGGCCAAAGGCAUAUGGUUAGCCUGGACAGGUUUUUUUUUUUUUUAAGAUUUUAUUUUUAAGUAAUCUCUGUAGGGCUUGAACUUACAAUCCUGAGAUCAAGAGUCGCAUGUUCUACCAACGGAGCCAGCCAGGCGCCCCUUGUUUUGUUUUGUUUUGUUUUUCUUUAAACAAAACUUUACAUCAAUCAACUUGUUGAAAAAUUGGCAACGUUUCACAAAAAUCUGGAUUGCUGGCUUCAGUCUUGGCCAUGCCUGCUUGGAUCUGAGCUCAGGAUACCCUCUUUAGCCAAAGUGUGAGGUCCAGUUGGCUCCCUCAUCUCUCUCAGGGCUGGAUGUCUGGCCCCUGAAGUAUCUGAGUUUGAGAUCUCUCUCGCUCAUGGAGGCAGAUGUAUCAAGUUUUUCUCCCCCUUUUCCCCCUGCCCUGAUUUUCGUUCCUUCUGAAGCACCCCUCAUCCUAGGCUAAAGCUUUUUCUUAUUCUUCAUCCCAGACCAGAAUUGGGAACCUCAAGCCUUGUGCUGUUUUGCACUGGUGCAUUGGUUGUAUGAAGAUGGAUUUUUAAUCCUAGAUUCUUUCCCCUAACUCUGUCCUUCCCUCAACGUUUAACCCAGAAGGGAGAGUGUGCGUGUGAGACAUGCUGACAUGCUGGUGGCCAGGCUGUGCUGCCCCGGGGAAAACUCAGGCAUCCCUCAGCCUUUCCACUGGCUGUUCCCUCUGCCUAGACUGCUCUUCCCCCGGAUGUCACAUGCCCCGUUCCUUGUCACUCAGAUCUUUGCUCAGAUGUCACCUCCUCAGGGGGGGCCUUCCCUGCCUACCUUAUUUGAAGUAACCCCGUCCCCUGCUCUUACCCAUUCUGUUUUCUUCAUGGGACGUCCUGUCAUCAGAGUGUAAGCUACCUGAGGGCAGGGCUUUUCUUUAUCACCAGCGCCAGGUGCACCCUGGGGCCUCGGUAGGAACAGGACGGGGUUUGUGGGCCCUGAAGGGAGCCGGGGACCCCCUAGCACAUCUGAUGAGGCCCCAGCCAGUUCAGCUUUUGUAGCAAGCAGCCCGCUCCUUUUUUAUAUUCCCUAGAGAAUUUAUUUUUAAACUCAUUUCUAUGCUGCUCUUCUUGGCCAGAGACAUUCAGGGUGCUAUUAUUUUCUAAAUCAAACCAGGGGACCCCGUGCCUUUCUCUGCCCAGCCUGGUCCCACACUAGCCCUUUUCCCACCUACUUACUCAGGGAACUGUCACACCAGGAACCACUGAGGGGUAGGGCCCAUUUUGGCCUGGAAAGUUCGGGGUCCGUCCCCAGCCCUCAGGAUGGUGCAGCCUGCCCGCCUGGCAUCUAACAGUGACCCCUCAGUGCAGUAACAGUGGCCCCAUUUUCUCUGGAUAGAAUAAGGGGGGCUGCUUGUACGAAGGGAAGGCAGGUUGAGGCCUGUCUGAGCUUAAUAAAUUGGAUGAUUUCCUGGCCUUGGUCCUUCCUCCUUUCUUCCGGUGUGGGGGCUGGAGAGGUGGCCUGGGUGGGGUCCUGCUGGCCGGGGAGACACGAAGUUACAGUCAUGGGCGCUUGUGUCUAAUCUUUGCCACCCAGGCUUGCCCCGUUUUAUAGCUAUGGAAAGUGAGGCUCAGGGAGGUGAAGUAAACCGGCCUCGGGUCGGGAGGGCCACUUGCAGUUUUCGGAGGGGUUACUGUUGAUAUCCUGAUGAAGAUGAGGAGAUGCCAAAACAGAGUUACAAUAACUGUGGUUAUAUUUUACACUUUUCUAUGGAAAAAACUGAUUUUUGUAACCCUCAUGAAAAACGCAAUGGAGUAGUUCUCUGCCUCCUCGAAGAGUUAUGGACUGCAGCGAGCCACCAGAAUGUCACUGCAGUUUCUCCUAACACUGACAGUGUCUAAGUCCAGGCUUUGAAAAGCCUCUGGUGACCUCUGGGUCUCUGCAGUGGAUGGGUCCCCAAACGGGGCCCACGUUUUAGCCCCUGGGAGAUCCAGCGUCAUUUUCAAUCCUGUCAUUUGGUGUAACGCUCUUAGUCGAUGUCUCGAUCGGAGGCCUUCUGUGAUUAUGGCCUCGGUGCUUCUUGGAUGGCGUCGGGGGCCAGGGCCACUUCUUCACUUGGUACUGCGGUCCCCUGGCUCCCCCAGCUUGUUAGGAGCAAAACCACCACGUGUUGUUUGAGAACUGAAAAACCAACCACCAAAAGACCCACAUCGACAGAAAUCUCACACUGGCCCCUGAGUAACUACCAGGAACUGCUUUGUCUGACUUAACGCUGGAAACAGUCUGUAAGACUGCUGUGUCCUGGCUCAGCCACACUGGUCUGAACACCGGACAAGGGGACCCGUGGAGCCCGGGGAGGGGAGGGGAGCUGCUCCAGGUCACAUAGGAAUUGGGUCUUAAGCCUUCUCGGCAUGCCCUUGCCUCUCCCCAUCCGGGACACUCUGGCCACUUAGGGCUGUGGCCCACCCCCUCCUUGUGGCCAGGAAGGGGGACUGCCCCCAAUCCCCAUCUGGG